GGAGCUGAGGCCCCAGAUCGGCGGCCGCGGGCAAGGUCGCUCAGCGGGCACCCGCCCUGGUUAUCGGGGAGCGGGUCGGGGGCGGGGCCGGGGCCCAGGGGGUGGGGCCGGGCCGGGCGCCUGCGCCAUAAAGGCCACCGCGCGCCCCCGCGCCUCGCUUGCCGCGCGCUGCCGGCGCUCCUUCCUCCUCUGCGCGCGUCUCAGUCAGUGUACCUUCUAGUCCCGCCAUGGCCGCUCUCACCCGGGACCCCCAGUUCCAGAAGCUGCAGCAAUGGUACCGCGAGCACGGCUCCGAGCUGAACCUGCGCCGCCUCUUCGAUGCCAACAAGGACCGCUUCAACCACUUCAGCUUGACCCUCAACACCAACCAUGGGCAUAUCCUGGUGGAUUACUCCAAGAACCUGGUGACAGAAGACGUGAUGCGGAUGCUGGUGGACCUGGCCAAGUCCAGGGGUGUGGAGGCCGCCCGGGAGCGGAUGUUCAAUGGUGAGAAGAUCAACUACACCGAGGGUCGAGCCGUGCUGCACGUGGCUCUGCGGAACCGGUCAAACACACCCAUCCUGGUAGACGGCAAGGAUGUGAUGCCAGAGGUCAACAAGGUUCUGGACAAGAUGAAGUCUUUCUGCCAGCGUGUCCGGAGCGGUGACUGGAAGGGGUACACAGGCAAGACCAUCACAGACGUCAUCAACAUUGGCAUUGGCGGCUCCGACCUGGGACCCCUCAUGGUGACUGAAGCCCUUAAGCCAUACUCUUCAGGAGGUCCCCGCGUCUGGUAUGUCUCCAACAUUGAUGGAACUCACAUUGCCAAAACCCUGGCCCAGCUGAACCCCGAGUCCUCCCUGUUCAUCAUUGCCUCCAAGACCUUUACCACCCAGGAGACCAUCACAAAUGCGGAGACGGCGAAGGAGUGGUUUCUCCAGGCGGCCAAGGAUCCUUCUGCAGUGGCGAAGCACUUUGUUGCCCUGUCUACCAACACGACCAAAGUGAAGGAGUUUGGAAUUGACCCUCAAAACAUGUUCGAGUUCUGGGAUUGGGUGGGAGGACGCUACUCGCUGUGGUCGGCCAUCGGACUCUCCAUUGUCCUGCACGUGGGUUUUGACAACUUCGAGCAGCUGCUCUCGGGGGCUCACUGGAUGGACCAGCACUUCCGCACGACACCCCUGGAGAAGAACGCCCCCGUCUUGCUGGCCCUGCUGGGUAUCUGGUACAUCAACUGCUUUGGGUGUGAGACACACGCCAUGCUGCCCUAUGACCAGUACCUGCACCGCUUUGCUGCGUACUUCCAGCAGGGCGACAUGGAGUCCAAUGGGAAAUACAUCACCAAAUCUGGCACCCGUGUGGACCACCAGACAGGCCCCAUUGUGUGGGGAGAGCCAGGGACCAAUGGCCAGCAUGCUUUUUACCAGCUCAUCCACCAAGGCACCAAGAUGAUACCCUGUGACUUCCUCAUCCCGGUCCAGACCCAGCACCCCAUACGGAAGGGUUUGCAUCACAAGAUCCUCCUGGCCAACUUCCUGGCCCAGACAGAGGCCCUGAUGAGGGGAAAAUCGACGGAGGAGGCCCGAAAGGAGCUCCAGGCCGCGGGCAAGAGUCCAGAGGACCUUGAGAGGCUGCUGCCACAUAAGGUCUUUGAAGGAAAUCGCCCAACCAACUCCAUUGUGUUCACUAAGCUCACACCAUUCAUGCUUGGAGCCUUGGUCGCCAUGUAUGAGCACAAGAUCUUCGUUCAGGGCAUCAUCUGGGACAUCAACAGCUUUGACCAGUGGGGAGUGGAGCUGGGAAAGCAGCUGGCUAAGAAAAUUGAGCCUGAGCUUGAUGGCAGUGCUCAAGUGACCUCUCAUGAUGCUUCUACCAACGGGCUCAUCAACUUCAUCAAGCAGCAGCGCGAAGCCAGAGUUCAGUAAACUCGUGCUCAGCCACAGCCUCCUCUGUGACUCCUCUUUCUCUUCUCGUCCCUCCUCCCCAGAGCCGGCACUACAUGGUCCUCGACACCACCCAGGUGUCCUCUGGUGGGCUUGGACCACGAGCCCUUAGCAGGGAAGGCUUGUCUCCCCCAGCCCUCCAUGUCUACGCUCCCUCUGUGUUACAAUUGGCUGAAGUGUUUUUGUGCAGCUGACUUUUCUGACCCAUGUUCACGUUGUUCACAUCCCAUAUAGAAAAAUAAAGAUGCCACAGAGGAGGUUGUAGGCU